AUGCGCAUGCACACCUACUAUGAGUUUAGCUACUAUGAGUUUAGCUACUAUGGGUAUAGCUCCUAUGAGUUUAGCUACUAUGGGUAUAGCUCCUAUGAGUUUAGCUACUAUGGGUAUAGCUCCUAUGAGUUUAGCUACUAUGGGUAUAGCUCCUAUGAGUUUAGCUCCUAUGAGUUUAGCUCCUAUGAGUUUAGCUACUAUGAGCUUAGCUACUAUGAGUAUAGCUCCUAUGAGUUUAGCUCCUAUGAGUUUAGCUACUAUGAGUUUAGCUACUAUGGGUAUAGCUCCUAUGAGUUUAGCUACUAUGGGCAUAGCUCCUAUGAGUUUAGCUCCUAUGAGUUUAGCUACUAUGAGUUUAGCUCCUAUGGGUAUAGCUCCUAUGAGUUUAGCUCCUAUGAGUUUAGCUACUAUGGGUUUAGCUCCUAUGAGUUUAGCUACUAUGAGUUUAGCUCCUAUGAGUUUAGCUCCUAUGAGUUUAGCUACUAUGGGUUUAGCUCCUAUGAGUUUAGCUACUAUGGGUUUAGCUCCUAUGAGUUUAGCUACUAUGGGUAUAGCUCCUAUGAGUUUAGCUACUAUGAGUUUAGCUCCUAUGAGUUUAGCUACUAUGAGUUUAGCUACUAUGAGUUUAGCUCCUAUGAGUUUAGCUCCUAUGAGUUUAGCUACUAUGAGUUUAGCUACUAUGAGUUUAGCUACUAUGGGUAUAGCUCCUAUGAGUUUUGCUACUAUGAGAUUAGCUACUAUGAGUUUAGCUACUAUGAGUUUAGCUACUAUGGGUAUAGCUCCUAUGAGUUUAGCUACUAUGAGAUUAGCUACUAUGGGUAUAGCUCCUAUGAGUUUAGCUACUAUGGGUAUAGCUCCUAUGAGUUUAGCUACUAUGAGUUUAGCUCCUAUGAGUUUAGCUACUAUGGGCAUAGCUCCUAUGAGUUUAGCUACUAUGGGUAUAGCUCCUAUGAGUUUAGCUACUAUGAGUUUAGCUCCUAUGAGUUAAGCACCUGCAGUUUCAGUUGA